CAGCAGAGAGAGAAAGAGAGAGAGAGAGAGAGUAAAAAUUUUGCAGGGUUUAAUAACACAGUUGCUGCUCAGCUAUACCUUGUCACUACUAUUAUGUUACUGUUCCAAACUUCUUGACUUUAUCUCUCCACAAUCCUACAUAGAUUCUAUAUUGUUUUGUUACAAAUGAUGGGACUCAACAAGCACUUGCAUCUUGAAAAUUUCAAGAAUAUUAAGUGGUGAGGUGGUUCAAGGUGUUGGGUGUGGUGGCUGUGGCUUAGAUCAUUUAUGGAGUUUCUAAGAAAAAAGGUUCAAGCUUUGAGAAUGAUGAGGCUUUGUUUGUUUCUUCUGGUUUCAUCAAGCUUCUACCUUUUGGUGAACUGUGAUGACGGAGGGAUAUUGUUGGAGAUUAAAAAGUCAUUUAGAGAUGUGAACAAUGUGCUCUAUGACUGGACUGAUUCACCUUCUUCUUCAGACUACUAUUGUAUGUGGAGAGGUGUUUCUUGUGAUAAUGUCACCUUCAAUGUGGUUGCACUUAAUCUUUCAGAUUUGAAUCUUGAUGGAGAACUGUCACCAAGUAUUGGACAGCUUAAAGGUUUACUCUCCAUAGAUCUACGUGGAAAUAGAUUAUCUGGUCAAAUUCCAGAUGAGAUUGGUGAUUGCAAGACCCUCAAGAACCUGGAUCUAUCAUUCAAUAUGUUAACUGGAGACAUCCCAUUUUCGGUAUCGAAGUUAAAACAGCUCGAGCUCUUAGUCUUGAAAGACAAUCAAUUAACCGGUCCAAUCCCUACAACGUUAUCACAGAUUCCUAAUUUGAAGAUUUUGGACUUGGCACAAAAUCGGCUAAACGGCGAAAUCCCGAGGCUUAUAUACUGGAAUGAAGUGUUGCAGUAUCUAGGAUUGAGAGGUAACAAAUUGGUAGGAGAGCUCUCUCCCGACAUCUGUCAGCUAACGGGCCUGUGGUAUUUUGAUGUGAGGAACAAUAGUUUAAGUGGCACAAUGCCCUCAAGUAUUGGCAAUUGCACUAGCUUCCAGGUUUUGGACUUGUCAUACAACCGACUGACUGGAGAGAUACCGUUCAAUAUCGGUUUUCUCCAAGUAGCCACAUUAUCUCUCCAAGGAAAUCAAUUCUCGGGUGAAAUUCCGUCGGUGAUUGGACUCAUGCAGGCGCUUACGGUUUUGGACCUGAGUUGCAAUAAUUUGACUGGUCAAAUUCCUCCGAUCCUUGGAAACUUGACUUAUACCGAAAAAUUGUAUCUCCAUAACAACAAGUUGACAGGAUCCAUUCCUCCUGAGCUCGGGAAUAUGUCGAAGCUCCAUUACCUGGAACUGAAUGAUAAUCAGCUUACGGGUCAUAUUCCACCGGAGCUUGGAAAACUCACCGACCUGUUUGACCUUAAUGUUGCCGGGAAUAAACUCGAGGGGCACGUACCUCAGAAUCUGAGCUCUUGCACUAAUCUCAACAGCCUCAACGUGCACGGGAACAGACUGAAGGGAACGAUCCCCGCUGCAUUUCAAAGGCUCGAAAGCAUGACCUAUUUGAAUCUUUCGUCAAACUACCUUACGGGUCCUAUUCCAAUUGAGUUGUCUCGGAUCGGUAACUUGGAUACAUUGGACCUAUCUAACAACAAAAUCAGCGGUUCGAUUCCUUCUCCACUUGGUGAUUUGGAGCAUCUUUUAAAACUGAAUCUGAGCCAGAACGAGUUGACUGGAUACUUACCAGCCGAGUUUGGCAACUUAAGAAGUGUCAUGGAAAUAGAUCUUUCUUACAAUCAUAUCUCCGGUGUUCUGCCCCAAGAGCUUGGUCAACUUCAGAAUUUGUUCAUGCUAAAAUUAGAAAGUAACAACUUAACGGGCGGUUUGGUGUCGCUGGUGAAUUGCCUUAGCCUUUCGAUUCUAAACGUAUCGUAUAAUAAUCUGGCUGGGGAUAUUCCUACUGGCAAUAACUUCUCAAAAUUUUCACCCGAUAGCUUUCUUGCCAAUCCUGGUCUUUGCAGCAGUUCUCUAAGUUCUUCCUGUCACGCUUCUCGUUCCACCGAGCGAGUGACGAUUUCUAAAGCGGCUAUACUAGGAAUCGCUCUUGGUGCCUUGGUUCUACUCCUUAUGAUUUUAGUGGCGGUAUGCUGGCCCCACAGGUCAAAACCGUUUAUCGACGGGUCAUACGACAAACCCGUUUAUUACCCGUCACCAAAGCUUGUGAUACUUCAUAUGAACAUGGCUCUUCAUGUGUAUGAUGAUAUUAUGAGGAUGACUGAGAAUUUGAGUGAGAAGUAUAGAAUCGGAUACGGGGCGUCAAGCACGGUCUACAAAUGUGUUCUCAAAAACUGUCGGCCCGUGGCUAUUAAAAAACUGCAUACUCAUUAUCCCGAGUAUUUGAAAGAGUUCGAGACUGAACUCGAAACGGUUGGAAGCAUAAAGCACCGAAAUCUUGUUAGUUUACAGGGUUAUUCGUUGUCACCUUCCGGAAACUUGUUGUUUUAUGACUACAUGGAAAACGGUAGCCUCUGGGAUCUCCUUCAUGGCCCGUUAAAGAAGAAAAAGCUCGAUUGGGAUACACGAGUUCAAAUAGCAUUGGGGGCGGCCCAAGGGCUUGCGUAUCUUCACCAUGACUGUAGUCCUAGGAUCAUCCAUAGAGAUGUGAAAUCAUCCAACAUUUUACUCGACAAGGAUUUUGAAGCACAUCUUACUGAUUUCGGGAUUGCUAAAAGUUUAUGCACCUCGAAAACCUUCACUUCGACUUAUAUAAUGGGGACUAUUGGCUAUAUUGACCCUGAAUAUGCCCGUACUUCGCGUCUCACCGAGAAAUCUGAUGUGUACAGCUAUGGGAUUGUUUUACUUGAACUGCUUACUGGAAGGAAAGCUGUUGAUAACGAGUCAAACCUCCAUCAUCUGAUUCUUUCAAAGACAGCAAACAACACAGUCAUGGAAACCGUCGAUCCCGAAAUAUCGGCAACAUGCAAAGAUCUCGGGGAAGUAAAAAAGGUAUUCCAACUCGCGCUUUUGUGCACCAAACGACAACCGUUUGACAGACCAACAAUGUACGAAGUGGUUCAGGUCCUCGAGAGCCUACUCCCGCCACCAAAACCCGAAGCAGCAUGCCCCACCCCGCCUUCAAAAGUGUCGAGCUACAUGGACGAAUACGCGAACCUCAAGACUCCACAUUUGGUCAACUGCUCAUCUAUCAUCAGCACCUCAGAUGCUCAACUGUUUCUGAAAUUUGGUGAGGUUAUAUCCCAAAACAGUGACUAGGAGUAAAUGUCUAUAUUGCCCUUACUAUGAUCAAGAUUUUAGUAGCAAGUAUAAGAAGGUUGUAGGGAGUUUUCUUGUAAUUGUUGAAACUGUUGUUGUAUCCAUGUGCUGUGCAGGUCUGUUGUAUGAAAUUAUGAUGAUGGUACUAAGUAACUAAUAGGACAUAAUAUUGGGCCCUGUGAACGUGGGUGGGUCAUGGGUGCACCACUGAGCCCUCUGUAAAUAAUGGGCCCGGCCCAUUGUCACAUUUCCCAAUGAAAGAUUGCCUUUUGGUCCUUUGGUAUUAUUCACAUGGGUGAGGCAUAAAAUCCUCAGGUGUGUAAGGAAGGGGGCCUAGGUGGGAGACCAUAUUUUAAAUGCUACAUUCCAGUGUUUUUUUAUUCAACAUUUUUUUUAAUUAAAUUUUGUGAA